CUGUGGAUAUAUGUAUUUUUUCAGGAUAGUAGCACAUUACUUCUUUGUUCGCUAUAACAAUAAAGAGUAAGAUUCGGUCAUCAAUUUUGAAAGUUUUACGGUAAAGCGGUUUACGAUAUUGCAGUUUACGAAAUGUUGCGAAUUGCAUCGAUAUUCCUAUUUUUGACUAUUUCAAGAACCAUUGCACAAGAAUGCGGAGAUGAAAAUGCACAAUGUUCGACGCCAUCAGAUUUUGAUCAAGAUAUCAAUUGGCAAUUAGCUACCUCGGUGUAUGACUUUCAUGCAAAUGAUAUCACGGGCAAGAACAUCUCGUUGGAAAAAUAUCGUAAUCAUGUACUCAUUAUUGUUAAUGUUGCUAGCAAUUGUGGCUUAACAGAUAUUAAUUAUAAACAGCUUCAGAAGCUAUAUAAUAAAUACAGCGAGAAGGAAGGCUUACGAAUUCUUGCCUUUCCUUCUAAUCAAUUUGGUGGCCAGGAACCCGGUACUUCUGAAGAAAUUCUUAACUUUAUAAAACAAUAUAAUGUAACUUUUGACAUAUUCGAUAAAGUUGAUGUAAAUGGAGAUAAUGCCCAUCCAUUGUGGAAGUGGCUAAAAAUACAAAAAAGUGGAUUUAUUACUAAUGAUAUUAAAUGGAAUUUUACCAAAUUUAUCAUAGAUAAAAAAGGCAAAGUGGUGGAAAGAUUCUCUCCAUCCACUGAACCAUUGGAAAUGGAAGAAACUCUGAAAAAGUAUUUUUAAGUUUUUAUACACAUAACGUUCUCUCUCUCUUACUCCUUAGUAUAUGGUUUGUAUGUAUGCGUGUGUAAGCAUUUAAGGUAUAUAAACAUACUCAGGGUGUCUCAUUAAAAUCAUUAAAAUAAAUUAAGUAAUUCUGAAAAAAUUGAAAGAAAAUUAUUCAUACAAAAUUGUAUAGCUUUGAGAAUAUGGUACAUAGAAUAAAGAGCGUCCAGUUUGACCAUGUUGCGAUUGAUUUUAGCUAAUUAUCGACUUAUACCUAAGAUAAUCAGCAACGACUAACCAAUCAAAGAAUUUUAUUUUGAAUUGGCCAAUUGACGACGUAGGUCCAUUGGGUGCCACUCAAUGAUGUAUAUAACUAGACCAAGCAUUCAUAUAAUUUGUAGGUAAGGGAGUGAAGUUGGAUAUUGACAGUUUAAGACAGAGAGAGAACGUUGAAUGGCCUUUAUGCUUUCUCUUUCUAUAGAUUGUCAAGUUAUUAAAAGCAAUAUGGCGUGAUAUGCCAUCUGGACGCAAACAUUUAGUUUUAAACAGUAUAUAUGAGGACGUAAUAUAUAUAUAUAUAUAUAUAUAUAUAUAUAUAUAUAUAUAUACUCCAAUAGCCAAGUCUGCUAAAGCAGAUCUUGUCAGGGAAUCUGUUACAAAUUGUUGUCGACAGAAAGAUUACAGAAUCGAUGCAAGUUCUGAUAUAUCAUGUGAUGUCGGCAGAAUGCCAACAGAAAUAUAACAAAGCUUGUUAACAUAAUCAGUUACCAGAUUGGCAGCAAAAAUCGAACAGAUUCUGCCGGCAUAACUUAGUGGCAGAUUGGUGGCAGAAAUUGAACAGGAUCUGUGCGAUGCAAUUUGACAACAGAUUGUCGGCAAAAAUCGAGCAGGAUCUG